AUGCAACAGGAAGUAGAAAGAACUUCUCGGGGACCUCAGGCCCAGUUCCAGCAGGGACAUCAAAUCCCGGUUGAACAUCACAAAAAGCCCGGCCUGCAAGAUGAAAUGGAAAAUCCGAAGCCCACCUCAACCAAACUCCCGACCGAGGAUUCUGGGUACCAAACAUAUAAAGCAGCAGGCAAGCUUGAGGGCAAAAAGGCUAUUAUAACUGGCGGUGACUCCGGAAUUGGAAGAGCCACAGCCAUUUUGUAUGCGAUGGAAGGCGCCACCAGCCUUAUCACUUAUCUACCUGAAGAAGAGAAGGAUGCCAAGGAAACAGUCAGACGAGUUGAGGAACUUGGCAAAAAAUGCCAUUCUCUUGCCUUGGACUUGCGAACCAAGGAGAACUGCAAGAAGGUAGUUGACAUCGCUCUGGAAUUGCUCGGCGGUAUCGAUAUUCUCGUCAACAAUGCCGGGACUCAAAAUAUGGUCGAGGAUAUCAAGGAUCUCGAUGAGGAUCAAUGGGAUUCUACAUUCCAGACAAACAUCUAUUCGGUGUUCUACCUCUCGAAGUAUACACUGCCUCAUCUGAAGAAUGGCUCAACCAUCAUCAACUGCGCCUCCAUCAACGCCUACAUUGGACGCCCAGACCUCCUUGAUUAUACCUCCACAAAGGGUGCUCUGGUUUCAUUUACUAGAGGUCUGUCCAACCAGCAGGUGAAGAACGGAAUUCGGGUCAAUGCUGUGUGCCCCGGCCCAGUCUGGACUCCCCUUAUCCCGGCAACUAUGAAUACCAAUGCGAUGGAGCAGUUUAGUGGAACUCCGAUGGGCCGACCGGGUCAGCCGAGUGAGAUUGCCACUUGCUUUGUGUUCCUGGCUAGCCAGGAUAGCAGUCUUAUUUCAGGGCAAUGUCUUCAUCCCAAUGGGGGUGUUGUGGUUAAUGGUUAG